CUGCCAAAACAUCGUUACAGCUUGAGAGAGAGAGAGAGAGAGAGAGAGAGAGAGAGAGAGAGAGAGAGAGGAUGGGAUUGAUGAAGUUGCCUCUAGACAUAAUCUUGGUGCCUCCAAGCGUUGCCCUCAUCAUUGGCUACCAUGUAGUCUUGUGGUGCAUUCUCAAGACACAGCCUCUCCGCACCAGAACAGGCAUCACUGCAAUGCGAAGAAGAAUGUGGGCUCUCACUCUAAUGGAGAAUGGCUCCGAAGGCAUGUUGGGAGUUCAGUCACUCAGGAACAGUUUAAUGGCAGCCAUACUGGCUUCGACCAUAGCAAUAUUCACAAAUUCAGCCUUGGCAGCAAUGAUGAACAACAUCUACAAUGCUCACAAGCUGCUCCAUCUCUCCCCGUUUGGCUCACAAGGAGACUCCAUUAUUCUGCUGAAGUACUCGCUGUCGUCCAUCUUCCUGCUGGCGAGCUUCUUCUGCAGCUCCUUAGGCAUCGGCUUCUUGACGGAGGCGAACUUUCUGAUCAACGUGACAGAGGGAGCUACGGCGAAAACUGCACAUACCAUGCUCGAGCUAGGAUCCGAGCUCGCCUCUGUAGGUAACAGAGUGCUCUUUGCUGCAGUGCCCGUGCUGCUGUGGAUGUUUGGUCCUGUGUCCAUGGCAGUAUCGUCCGUGUUGCUUGUUUGCUUCUUUUAUGAUCGUGAUUUUAACUCUGGCUGUCGCAGUGGGGAUGCGAACCACGAUUCGGCAAGCCAGUUUUAAAACGACCAUGCGUGUUGACUGUGACAAAGAAGAAUUUGUUUCUUUUUUUUUUUUUUCAUUGAACUUGGUGGAUUUCAUUGGAUCAAGAAAACUUAGUAAAACCAGUUUAGAAUGCGAUUGAAUCAUGGCAUAUCUUGACUAUGAAUGGGAUCUGCCGAUUUCUCCAUUCAGAUUUCAGCUUUUCACAGCAUGAAUAUCCAUUUGUAUGUGUGUAGGCACUGGUUGUGCAACGAAGCCGAUCAAGUUCAUAACAAUAUAUAUGGGUAUGGUUCCAAAUAGGCCAUAUAUAUAUUAUUGAUCUGUAUUUUUUAAUAGUUUUCUUUAUG